UCGCCUUCGUUCCUCCUUUCUCUCGUCCUGAAGAUGGCGGCAGGGACUCUGUACACAUACCCAGAGAACUGGAGAGCCUUCAAGGCUCAGAUUGCAGCCCAGUACAGUGGAGCUCGUCUGAAGGUGGCGAGCACACCCCCUGCUUUCACCUUUGGGCAGACAAACCGCUCCCCUGCUUUCCUUAGCAACUUUCCCUUGGGCAAAGUUCCAGCUUUUCAGGGUGAUGAUGGCCUCUGUCUGUUUGAGAGCAAUGCCAUUGCUCAUUACCUGAGCAAUGAGGCCCUGCGUGGCACUAGUCCUCAGGCCAGUGCCCAGAUCCUGCAGUGGGUAAACUUUGCUGACUCAGAAAUCAUCCCUCCCGCCAGUGCCUGGGUCUUCCCCACCCUCGGCAUCAUGCAGUUCAACAAACAGGCCACAGAGCAGGCCAAGGAGGAGGUGAAGCGUGUGCUCUCGGUCCUGAACCAGCACUUAAACACACGGACUUUCCUGGUCGGCGAGAGGGUCAGCCUGGCUGAUAUCACAGUUGCCUGCUCUCUGCUCUGGCUCUACAAACAGGUUCUGGAGCCAUCAUUCCGUCAGCCUUACCCCAACGUAAACCGCUGGUUUGUGACCUGCGUCAACCAGCCCCAGUUCAAAGCCGUGUUAGGAGAGGUCAAACUCUGCGAGAAGAUGGCUCAGUUUGAUGCCAAGAAGUUUGCCGAGAUGCAGCCUAAGAAAGAGACUCCUUCCAAGAAGGAGAAGGGAGGAAAGGAUGCAGGCAAGCAGCAGCAGCAGCAGGAGAAGAAAGAGAAGAAGAAAGAGGAGAAAAAGGCUGCCCCUGCUGUGGAGGAGAUGGAUGAGUGUGAAGCAGCGUUGGCCUCCGAACCAAAAACCAAGGACCCUUUCGCCCACCUUCCAAAGAGUACCUUUGUCCUGGAUGAGUUUAAGAGGAAGUACUCUAAUGAGGACACUCUGACUGUAGCUUUGCCUCAUUUCUGGGAACACUUUGACCGUGAGGGCUACUCUAUCUGGUAUGGGGAGUACCGGUUCCCCCAGGAACUGUCCCAGACCUUCAUGAGCUGUAACCUCAUCACAGGAAUGUUCCAGCGACUCGAUAAAUUGCGUAAGAAUGCCUUUGCCAGUGUCAUCCUUUUUGGCACAAACAACGACAGCAGCAUCUCAGGCAUCUGGGUUUUCAGAGGACAGGACCUGGCCUUCACUUUGUCCGAGGACUGGCAGAUCGACUACGAAUCGUACGAGUGGCGUAAGCUGGACGUGGACAGUGAGGAGUGCAAGACCAUGGUGAAAGAGUACUUUGCCUGGGAGGGCGAAUUCAAACAUGUGGGCAAACCAUUCAACCAGGGCAAGGUCUUCAAGUGAGAACCCAUGGUGUCCCCCAGGGGGCCUCCAAGCCUCCCGUCCGCUUUAGCAUAAGGACAUGCCGCGUACCAACCAGCUAAAAAGACCUUGCGAUUUAGAACGAGUUGGAAUGGGUUGUUUGCUAAUAAUGGAAUGGAGAUGCUGUCAAAAAUAAAAAAAAAUGUUUUCCACAACCACAA